UGAUCGAUUAAUUCUCAUUUCCUUCAUUUCCCUCACACACACAAGUCUUCCUCUGCAUCCUGCAAAAUAGAAACCUCAAAAACGUUGUGCUUGAAUCAGGGAAUUUAAACUUCCGAUCAUGGAAACACCGGCGACGACGGGGACUGCGGCGGCGAAGAGAAAGCCGGUGUUUAUCAAGGUGGACCAAUUAAAGCCGGGUACCAGUGGCCACACGCUAACCGUGAAGGUGGUCAGCUCUAAGCCCGUGAAGUCGAUGAACAAUCGGGUCGGUCGGUCGUCUAUGCUUCUUGCUCGGCCUUCUCGUCCGACCCGCAUCGCCGAGUGUGUCGUGGGUGAUGAAACCGGAACCAUUAUUUUCACGGCCCGUAACGAACAGGUGGAUCUUAUGAACCCGGGUGCAAGUUUAAUUCUGCGUAAUGCAAAGAUUGACAUGUUCAAGGGAUCUAUGAGGCUAGCAGUGGAUAAAUGGGGGCGGAUUGAACCUAUAGAACCUGCCAAUUUUGAUGUUAAAGAGGAUAACAAUCUUUCUUUAGUUGAAUAUGAAUUGGUUAAUGUUGUUGAAGAGUGAGUGUAGCUUCUGGUACUGAAUGUUUUGAGGUUACCAGAGGUUUUAACAUUUACUACUUGACCAUUGGGACUGGCUGCAUUGCAGUUUUCAUUUGGUACAGUCUUGUCUGAUGCUUCUUAGUUUUGCAAUUGCUGCGGUCAAUGCAAGUCAUAAUAUUUAAGAUUGCAAAUAGAUUAACUUUGGGUGGAAGGUGAUGAUCAUUGUGCUUAACUUGCAGAAGUACAUAUUUAUCUCUUAAUACAUCAUUUGGGGGAAUUGUAAUUCCU